CCUUCAAAAUUGUCUUCUUCCCUCUCUCUAUAUCCUCCAUUUAUGGUCUCAUAUCAAACUAUUUUCUUCUUAAAAUCUAUCAAAUUCUCAAAAUGGGUUCUUCUUUAUCCUUUUUCUUGAAUCCACGUGGUUCCGUUGAUGUACCGCCGGCGAAUCCUGGUUUGGGUGACUUGCCGGAGAGUUGUGUGGCUUCAGUUAUGGUUUAUUUAAAUCCAUCGGAGAUCUGUAGUCUUUCGGUGCUUAGUCGUGGUUUUAGGGCUGCUUCUUCUGCUGAUUUUGUAUGGGAAUCGAAAUUGCCGAUUAAUUAUGAAUUGCUUAUUGAUAGGGUUUUUGGUGGGGUUGAUGAUUUUUCUAAUAAUAUGUGCAAAAGGGAUAUUUAUGCUAGGCUUUGUCGACCUAGUUAUUUUGAUGGUGGGUUAAAGAAGGUUUGGUUAGAUAAGGGUACAGGAAGGGUUUGUCUAUCAAUAUCUGCAAAUGGAUUAGCGAUAACAGGCAUUGAUGAUAGGAGAUAUUGGAGUCGUAUCGAAACAGACGAAUCGAGAUUCCAGUCCAUUGCGUAUCUCCAACAGAUAUGGUGGGUUGAAGUGGGUGGAGAGGUUGAUUUCCCAUUCCCAGCUGGGUCCUAUAGCAUUUUCUACAGGCUGCAAGUUGGACGUUCCUCUCGGAGAUUUGGACGGCGAAUUUGCAACUCCGAGCAUGUUCACGGUUGGGAUAAAAAGCCAGUGCAGUUCCAGCUCUCAACAUCCGAUGGUCAGCAAGCUACAACCCAGUGUUACAUGAAAGAGCCUGGAAAAUGGAAAUAUCACCAUGUAGGAGACUUUACAGUUACAGGGUCUGCAGCAAAUACGAAAGUUAAGUUCUCCAUGACCCAAAUCGAUUGCACCCACACCAAAGGUGGACUUUGUGUAGAUUCUGUGUUAAUAUGCCCGAGCGAGUUUACAGAGAGGUUAAAGCGUUUUUAGUUUGCUUGUUAGCCUUCUCUUAGGAAAGAGUUUAUAAAGUAGUCAAGAGGUAGCAGUAUCCAUCCAUAGUUCUGGAGAAGUUAGUAAGGAACGACGAUCAGAUUUAUAUUAGAUCGAGUUAAUGUGUGUGUACGCGUAUGGCGGGCUUUUUAAAUCCCAACUACACGUGGUAAUAGGUAUCAUAGGGCUUUAUAUUUGAUGUUGACGAUAUGCCCCUCAUGCGAGGUGCUUGUUGGACCGAGUUCUUAGUGUACGUUAAAUGAAACUACUUUGUUCAUGUGUACUUUGAAGUUUGAUGUUAACAAAUGGGUGGAAGCAAUAUUCUCUGUGUUUGAUUGAAUUAUUGUAUUUGGAUUGUUCUUCCUGCAUUCAAUGAUAUGCGUGACUUUUUCUUUUGCUUG